GUUGACUUCCGGUAUGCGGAGGCUGGAAUUUCAGGUUCCUCCUUGGUGCUAGUGGGUUUCCGAGGGUGUUUGCAGGGAAAGUGUGCUUAUUUCCUUGCGGGUUUAGGUUCAUAUUCAAUUCGUCGCCCUUUAUUGAUGUGUCCUUACACGUCUUUGUAAGGGAAGUAUGACCGAGAGCGCGGUGAACAAGGAGGCGAACGGGGAUGUGUGUCAGCACCGGGCGGUGAACGGAGUGAAACCGGGAAGAAGUAGCGCACUGAAGGAGCAGCAGUGUCACCAGAGGUUUGUCUACAAACACGACGAGAAGUUUCACCAGAGCGAGUGUAAUGGAGGUUUAUACAGCAAGCCCUUCAUCGAGUCGUUUGAAGAGACUCCCAUGCUGGUGGCGGUGCUCACCUACAUGGGCUACGGCAUCCUCACCAUCUUCGGCUACCUGAGAGACUUCCUCCGCCAAUGGAAGAUCGAGAAAUGCCACAUCGCUCGAGAAAGGGAGGAGCAAAAGGAUUUUGUCCCACUUUAUCAAGACUUUGAGAAUUUCUACACCCGAAAUUUAUACAUGAGGAUCCGGGACAGCUGGAACCGACCCAUAUGCAGCGUGCCAGGGGACAAGAUGGACCUAGUGGAGCGAGUGUCCCACGACUACAACUGGACCUUCAGUUACACGGGCCGCGUGGUGAAGGACGUGAUAAACAUGGGCUCGUAUAAUUACCUGGGAUUCGCCGAGAAAAGCGGCUGUUGUGCCGACGCUGCUGCCGAAGUCACUCUGAAACACGGCGUCGGUGUGAGCAGCACCAGGCAGGAGAUGGGUAACCUGGACAGACACGAGGAGCUGGAGAAGCUGAUAGCGAGGUUCCUGGGCGUGGAGGCGGCCAUGGCGUUCGGGAUGGGCUUCGCAACCAACUCCAUGAACAUUCCAGCGCUGGCUGGCAAGGGGUGUUUGAUUCUGAGUGACGAACUGAACCACGCCUCUCUAGUCUUGGGAGCGCGCUUAUCUGGCUCCACCAUCCGGGUUUUCAAGCACAACAACAUGCAAAGCUUGGAGAAGCUGCUCAGAGAUGCUAUAGUGCACGGCCAGCCCAGAACCCACCGGCCCUGGAAGAAGAUCCUCAUACUGGUGGAGGGGAUCUAUAGUAUGGAGGGCUCCAUUGUGCGCCUGCCUGAAGUCAUCGCCUUGAAGAAGAAGUAUAAAGCCUACCUGUACCUGGAUGAGGCUCACAGCAUUGGUGCUCUGGGACCCCGGGGUAGAGGCGUGGUCGACUACUUCAACCUGGACCCCACAGACGUGGACAUCAUGAUGGGAACGUUCACUAAGAGCUUCGGCGCAGCCGGGGGUUACAUCGGUGGGAGGAAGGAGCUGAUAGAUUACCUGCGCUCUCAUUCCCACAGUGCUGUAUACGCCACCUCCAUGUCGCCUCCCAUUGUGGAGCAAAUUUUCACUUCUAUGAAGUGCAUUAUGGGAGAGGACGGGACCACGAUAGGCCGGGAUCGCAUCCAGCGGCUGGCGGAAAACACAAACUACUUCCGAAGGCGGCUGAGAGAGAUGGGCUUCAUCAUCUACGGCAACUACGAUUCACCUGUUGUUCCUCUGAUGCUCUACCUGCCUGCCAAAAUCGGGGCGUUUGGUCGGGAGAUGCUGAAGAGGAACAUAGGUGUGGUCGUUGUAGGGUUCCCUGCCACGCCCAUCAUCGAGUCCAGAGCCCGCUUCUGCGUGUCUGCGGCUCACACCAAAGAAACGCUGGACACGGCCCUGAGUGCGAUCAGUGAGGUGGGAGACCUGCUGCAAGUGAAAUACUCACGCCACAGAACCCUCCCAUCUCUCGACCGGCCCUACGACGAGACCACAUACGAGGAGAGUGAAGACUGACCGCUUUCCAGCCUCCAGAGAAACGUGCACUGCUCUCUGUCCUUCCACACCAUUCACUCAACCACUUAAUACACCUCUCUCUCUCUCUCUCUCUCUCUCUCUCUUUGUUAAAUGUCAUCAUGUUUUUGUUAAGCCCAUGGAGCUCCUAUUACACUACUUUCUUUCUUUUUUCGUCCGUCUUUCUUCCUCUGUUGGUCCUCAUCUCAUCUUUGACAUUCAGGAUCUUGUCCUUAAUUCAUUGUGGCAUUUAUUAGAAAAAAAGAAAAAAAAGCUUCAGUGCUGUGCCUCCAACCACAAGACGCUUUGGAUUGCUUAUUGUGUUCGCUAAAGCCAUAUGUAACUGUAACCCUCAAGCCACUCUUUCACGCGUACAAAGCAUCUUUCUGAAUAAAGUGAGACCAGACUGGCGGCAGGAACGAAUGAUCAGUCCCAGAGACGUGGGCUUGUUAAAGCACCUCUCUCUCUCUCUCUCUCUCUCUCUCUAUCUCUAUCUCACUCACACACAAACACACACUCUCUCUCCCUUUCUCUCUCUCUCUAAAUACACACACACACACACUGUAUCUCUCUCUCUCUCUCACACACACACAUAUCCCCAUCUCUCUCUCUCUAAACACACACACACACACACACACACACACUGUAUCUCUCUCUCUCUCUUGCUCUCUCACACACACAGACACUCUCUCUCUCUCUCUAAACACACACACACACACACACACUGUAUCUCUCUCUCUCUUGCUCUCUCACACACACACACACACACACACACACUCUCUCUCUCUAAACACACACACACACUGUAUCUCUCUCUCUCUUGCUCUCUCACACACACACACAGACACUCUCUCUCUCUCUCUAUACACAUACACUCUCUCUCUCGCUCUCUCUCUCUCUCUCUCUAAACACACACACACACACUGUAUCUCUCUCUCUCUCUCUCUCUCUCUCUCUCACACACACACACACACAUAUCCCCGUCUCUCUCUCUCUCUAAACACACACACACACUGUAUCUCUCUCUCUUUCUCUCUAUCACACACACAUCCCCGUCUCUGUCUCUCCCACUCUCUUUUUCUUUGUCUUUCUCACUGUCUCUCUCUCUCUCAAACACACACACACACACAUAUAUACUGUCUGUCUGUCUGUCUCUUUCACACACACUCUCUCUCGCUUUUUUUUCCUUUAAAACAUAUUUACAUUUCAAAUUGCAGCGUCUGUCGUCUGGUGUCCGUCAUCCUUCUAGUGUUUAGAAACUUUCCUUUACUUAUUUUUUUUUAUUCUCUCCCUCCUAAGAUAUCAGUCACAACGUUGGUGUCUGUGUUUUCUGAGGGGGAGAAAAAAGCUCGGCUCGUGCACAUCCAUCAAAUCGCCGUUUCUGAGGAUUCAAAACUCCGAGCAAAAUUUGCACUAGGAUUAAAAAAUAAAAUAAAAGUGUCCAGAGACGUCUGUCUGUGUAGGAUUUCAUUCCCUGAGAGGUUUGUAGACGAGUAGUAGAAGAAGAAGAUCUCGUUCCCAAGUUAAAGUGUGACAUCAUAAUAUCAUAAAUGACCAAAAAGUCAGGUUUAUGGGAAAGUCUUAAGUUUUUUUGUUUUUUUUUUUUGUUUUCUUUCGUGUCCUCGCUAUUAACACGUGCUUCACGUGAGUCUCUUCUAUGUGCGUAUUUGUACAUAUUUAUUUAUUAUGUGUGAUAUCUUCUUCUCUUUGUUAUUUCACACACAAAAAACAAGUUAACCCCCCCCCGUCUCUGGCAGCUCCAGAAAUUCCCUGGGGGGGGGGGGGAUAAAAAUAAAAAAAAUGCACACGUCCACAGUUUGUGCUUUCGGUGCGAAUACUACUGAUGAGAAAGCUUCAUCCGUAACCCCUCCACGUACCUUUUUUUUAUUUUAUUUUUUGUCUAGUUAUAAAAAUGUUGAAAUGAACGCACUGUGCUUCCGUGCCUCGUCCUGUACCUUUUCAUUCCAUUCGCUCUUUAGCGCUUUCGCUGUUCUGUAAUGCGUUUCCGCGUCUUUGCGUUUUUCGAAAGAGCUAGCGUUAAAUGUCGGUUAGAUGCCUUCGUUUUCUUGUUUGUCCUUUAAAUGAAAUAAAAACAAAUACAAAAAAAAACAGAUCCACUGUAAAACACCAGAGCUUAAAGGAGUUCUUUAACUGUUGUAUAAAUAUAAAACCACAUUACAUAAUAAAAUGAAGAAUAUUGUUA